GAGGAACCUUUAUAAAUACGUGUUGAAAAGUGGAAACACUCAAGAUCUGUAGAUGUUGGGCAUUUGAUCUGGAUCGCCUGCUCCUUACAAACCACCUUUCCUCAGUACGGUAUUGGCCUGGUAGCAUAGCUCCCAAAGCUUUCCACUGGAGCACAGGAUAGUCUGGAACAACUUCUUCCCAGGAUGGCUGACAACUUCUCCUGCUAUGACCCAUCCAUAGUUGGCUACCGCUACGUGUCAGUGAGCUGGGGCAUUGUGGUGACCAUAGUUGGCACGGUGGGCAAUGUGCUGACCCUACUGGCUUACGCAUCCGACACCAAGCUCCAAACACGUGUCAACCUGCUCAUUGUCAACCUGACCUUGGCUGACAUUCUGUACUGCACCUUUUUGCAACCCUUUUCAGUGGAUUCCUACCUGCAUCUCCAUUGGCGGGCAGGUGCUGAUUUUUGCCGAGUCUUUGGGAUGCUACUCUUUGUCUCCAACUCGGUCUCCAUCUUGACACUUUGCCUCAUUGCCAUCAGCCGCUACCUGCUUAUUGCCAACACUGCCCUCUUUGACCGCAUCUUCUCCCGCCUUGGGGUGCUGCUGAUCGCCCUGGCCUCCUGGGUGGUUGGCAUUGUCAGCUUUGCUCCACUAUGGCCUGUCUAUGUAUUGGUGCCCAAGGUCUGCACCUGCAGUUUCCAUCGUAUCCAUGGCCGGCCAUACACCACCAUCCUCAUGGCUCUCUACUUUGUGGUGGGCCUCAGCUGUGUUGGCAUCUUCUACUUCCUUAUCCAUCGCAAAGUCAAGAGUGCUUCCCAUGCCCUGGACCAGUACAAGCUAAAGAAGGCCAGUGUGAAGGAAGUCCAUGUGGCUGGAACCAGCUUGGCCACACCGGGAAAUUACCAAGAGCUAGAUAGUGGAGUAGACAGUGCAGGGGCUUCUCACCAUUCCUGUGAGGCUUUGCCCUCUGAGUCAACUUCCAAAACCCUUGUUCAACCAGCGUCUGAGAGUAGCAGCACUCCUUCCAUGCCCAAGCCUGCAGGGCCACCUAAGAAAGCUACCCCGUGCCAGCCCAAGGACACAAGCUCAGAAUUCCGCCGAGUGACACGCAUGUGUUUUGUGGUAUUCCUUUUCUUUGUUAUCUGCUACAUCCCCUUCAUGCUGUUAAACAUCGCUGAUGCCAAAAACCGGGCUCCAACUGUGCUACACAUGAUUGCUGCCAACCUCACCUGGCUCAAUAGCUGUAUUAAUCCAGUACUUUACGCUGCAAUGAACCGCCAGUUUCGUGAGGCCUACAAAAGUGUAGUCUACAAGUUUGCUCAGAAAUUCCAUGGCUGCCAUUAACUUACUGUGUAUACAAGGGGUUUUCUCAGUCUUCCUGGGAUAGAAAUGUUCUCCUCUAACUCUGGUAUAUCCUAAGGGCAGGAAUGCUGUCACAAAGCUGCUCAGCUUUUCGCAGUGGACUAGUUUCAGAGACUUUAAGCAGCCCCUGGGUGAAUUCUGUUCUUUUACUGUUCCUGCAUUUUAUAUUGUAUCUCUAUGGACUAUAUGUAAUAAACAAGUCAGACUAAAUGCAUGGGCUGGC